UCUAAAAUUGAACUUGUGGUCACGCUGUUUAGCAGUCGAAAACACUACGUGAAAACGGUUCGUCAUAGAAUUUGGGAUUCCUUUGUCAUUAAAAAUAUUGUCGAAAUAAUAAAAGGACGGCUUAAAUUAAAUCAAAGAAUUAAGUUAAAUCGAAUAAGUAGCAAACUAGAAAGCAGGCUACAAAGACAUCAUCCUCAUCAUGGCUGUUAAUGUAUACUCCACAAAUGUGACGUCAGAGAAUUUGUCACGUCAUGACAUGUUGGCUUGGGUUAACGAUUGCCUGCAAUCGCAAUUCACCAAAAUUGAGGAACUAUGCACGGGUGCCGCUUACUGUCAGUUCAUGGACAUGUUGUUCCCAAAUUCAGUGCCCGUCAAGCGUGUCAAAUUCCGUACGAAUCUGGAGCAUGAAUACAUACAGAACUUUAAGAUCUUGCAGGCGGGCUUCAAAAAGAUGUCGGUCGAUAAGAUAAUUCCCGUUGACAAGCUUAUUAAGGGACGUUUCCAAGACAAUUUUGAGUUUCUGCAAUGGUUCAAGAAGUUUUUCGAUGCCAAUUAUGAUGGACGCGAUUAUGAUCCAUUGUCGCAACGCGGUGGCAUCAAGCUGGGCUCUGCUUGUGGCGGCAGUGGCAGUCAUGCUGGCAGCGCCGGCGGCAGCAGCAACAAUGAUCUUCAUCUGAUGCAUCGUCGUCCCCAGCACAGCACACUUCAGCAACAUCAUCAUCAUCCACAGCAACAGCAGCAGCCGCAUCAUCAUAAUGGACGAAAUGCUGCAACAUUGCGCAACCAUCAGAUCGGUAUGGGAUCGUCGAAGAAUAUUACAAAAGCAUUUGAAUUUGUUGGUGAUGAGAUCGAAGCUGGUGACGGUGAUAGUCGCUCAGUCUCUAAGGUGCCGCCACGCACAACCAAUUCAACGCCGCCAAAUCGAUUGGUAGCUGGCAACACGGGCGCAGUGAAGAAGAACGAUGCAGCCGGCGCGGCAUCCAAUCAUCAGAUCGAGGAGCUGUCAAAUCAGGUGCGUCCAGAGGUCAUGGAUAUGCGUUUGAAUUUGGAGGGUUUGGAAAAGGAACGCGAUUUCUACUUCUCUAAGCUGCGCGACAUUGAAAUUCUUUGCCAGGAAGCGGAUGAUGCUGAUCCAGCUCAGUUGAUUCAAAAGAUUUUGGACAUACUCUAUGCAACUGAGACACCACAGGAUGGCUUUGCGCCACCAGACGAUGCACCACCAGAGGACGAAGAGUACUAAAGGGGCGCAGCAGCAGAAGCGACAGCAACAGCCAACAGCGACAACAUCAGGCCAAGAGCAACUGUUUGCUGCAUACUACACACAUAUUCAAAACAAACACAAAAAGAA